GGCGCGCGUGCAGCUGGGGAAGGGAGCGGCGUCACAGCAGUCGGUGCGCUCCAGUAUACACACGCACAGUGGUCCACCCGCAGUUAGUUUCGAGUGUAGUCAUACGGAAUAGGUAUCGUUCUCGCGUCUUCGCACUGUAACUUACUGGAGACAAUUCGUUCACGUUCCCUCAGCUGUCUGACAUGAACAGCGGAGUGUUUUGACAACCGAUCACUGACAGUCUAGGACGCGACAGUUAACGCUCCCCCCCAAGUUCCGUUAAAGAGCACACAAACGUAGGCACCUGCUACCCGUCAGCAUGGCGACUGGAGUGCUACCGCCGGACACGACACUGGAGUUCCACCUGGUGACGCUGUUCGAGAAGCUGGAGGCGGCGCGCCUGGAGGCGGCGUGCGCCCCCGGGGGCGGCGCGCCCUCGGCGGCGUUGCGCCGGCCCUCUAUGCAGGCCGAGGUGCGCACGCUCGAGUUCUGGCGGUCCAUCAUCUCGGAGUGCCUGGCGUCCUUCUUCUACGUGUUCAUCGUGUGCGGCGGCGCCGCGGCGGCAGUCUCCGGGCCGGCGGCCGGCGGGUCGCCGCUGCUGCUCACCACCGCCAUCGCCACAGGCCUCGCCGUAGCGACGCUCACGCACUGCUUCGGACACAUCUCAGCUUACAAUUAUUUUAAGCUAAACAAAUCAAUAGAAAAUUUGCUAGGAUGUGAGAUUUUAGAAGGAGGCAUUCAAAGUGAACUUGGUGGGUUUCUCAAAGUCAGCUGUGGUGAUUAA